CCGAUAUAAUUGAGUCAAUUCAAGUUCAAGUGAAUUGAUCCGACUAAACACACAAUACUCCAUUUUUGGAGUUUUCCUUUUCCCUAAAACAAAUGGGGAAAAGAAUUCAAACUCCGUGGCACAAGCGUUAAUAAUCACACAAACAAGCCCAGGUUUGUAUAUAUAAAAAAGUAGGCACCGCUGUUCUCUGGUGUGAUCAUCGGCCUCCAUUUCCUCACCAAAAAUCAUCUCUACUCUCACACUGCCGCUCCAAAAUCUCCUCUCUCCAAAACACCCAAAAUUCAUAUCUCCAUUAUCCGUCGUGUCGGAAGAAUUCACUGAUAAUUAAUCACAAUCCGAUUUCCCCUUCCCUUUUUUUGUGUGAAUCGACGGAACAAUGUCGUUGAGGCCGAACGCGAGGACGGAGGUCCGCCGGAACCGGUACAAGGUGGUGGUGGACGCCGAGGAAGGCCGCCGCCGGCGAGAGGAUAACAUGGUGGAGAUCCGGAAGAAUAAGAGGGAGGAGAACUUGCAGAAGAAGCGGCGCGAGGGGCUUCCACCGCCUCAAUCCCAACCCGCAGUCAGUGUUCCGCAGCUCGAUAAGAAGUUGGAAAGCCUCCCAGCAAUGAUUGCUGGGAUUUGGUCAAAUGAUGCUGCUCUUCAACUCGAAGCCACAACUCAGUUCCGCAAGCUUCUUUCGAUAGAGCGGAAUCCACCAAUUGAGGAAGUAAUACAGUCUGGAGUAGUUCCGCGCUUCGUGGAGUUUCUUGCCAGAGAUGAUUAUCCUCAGCUUCAGUUUGAGGCGGCAUGGGCUCUCACCAACAUUGCUUCUGGGACAUCUGAGAACACAAAAGUUGUGAUUGAUCAUAAUGCUGUUCCAAUUUUUGUGAGACUUCUUAGUUCUCCGAGUGAUGAUGUUCGUGAACAGGCAGUUUGGGCACUAGGAAAUGUUGCUGGUGAUUCACCAAAGUGUCGUGAUCUUGUCCUUAGUUACGGAGCUUUAGCACCUUUGUUGGCACAAUUUAGUGAUCAGGCAAAGCUAUCUAUGCUUCGGAAUGCAACAUGGACACUGUCAAAUUUUUGCCGGGGAAAGCCACAGCCGCAGUUUGAGCAGGUGAAACCAGCAUUACCGGCUCUUACACAUCUUAUACAUACGACUGAUGAGGAAGUCCUUACGGAUGCAUGCUGGGCACUUUCAUAUCUAUCUGAUGGCACCAAUGAUAAAAUCCAAGCUGUGAUUGAGGCUGGAGUGUGCCCUCGAUUGGUUGAGCUUUUAAUGCAUCCUUCUCCAUCUGUUUUAAUUCCUGCUCUGCGCACUGUCGGUAAUAUUGUGACGGGUGAUGAUGUCCAAACUCAGGUUAUCAUUGAUAAUAGGGCGCUUCCGUGUCUGCUUAACUUGUUGACGCAAAAUUAUAAGAAAAGCAUAAAAAAAGAAGCCUGUUGGACUAUCUCAAACAUCACUGCAGGAAAUAGAGAUCAAAUUCAGGCUGUGAUUGAGGCUGGUCUCAUUGCCCCUCUUGUUGUUUUGCUCCAAACUGCUGAGUUUGAGAUAAAGAAAGAAGCUGCUUGGGCUAUUUCGAAUGCCACUUCUGGUGGAACUCAUGAGCAAAUCAAGUUCUUGGUACGCGAGGGAUGUAUAAAGCCACUUUGUGAUCUCCUACUUUGUCCAGACCCAAGAAUUGUCACAGUGUGCUUGGAAGGCCUUGAAAACAUUUUGAAGGUUGGAGAAGCAGAGAAGAAUCAAGGUAACUCUGGAGAUGUGAAUGUUUUUGCUCAGAUGAUUGAUGAUGCAGAGGGUCUAGAAAAGAUUGAAAAUCUUCAGAGUCACGAUAAUAAUGAAAUCUACGAGAAGGCAGUGAAGAUACUUGAAACAUACUGGUUGGAAGAAGACGAUGAGCAGUUAGUUUCUGGUGAUGCUGCACAAGAAGGGUUCAAUUUUGGAGGUGGUGAUCAUCCUGUUCCUUCUGGGGGUUUCAAAUUCGGUUGAAGGUAGAUUUUACUUUUACAGGAGGCAUUAUAUUUAUCUUGUUAUGCUCAAAGUGCGUCUGAGCUGGCUAGUUGAAUAGUCAUCAGAGUCGGUGAACUGCAAGUUAGAGUCACAGUUGAAGAGAAGCAGCUCGUCUUAGUUUAGUCGUCUAAUGUGGCUGAAUACUAUAGAGGGUCAUUGGGAUUUGUGAUAGUAUCAGCCUGUCUGUGAUGAGCCGUUAGGUUUUACAACUUUUGUGAUGCAAUGCAAAAUUGCCAUGAAAGUUGCACUCUAUUUAUAGUCUUCUUUUCGGGGGGUAGUUUCACCCCUAGAGUCAGAAAGAGUCUAGACGACAAGUCUGGUAUAUAUUGUCCAGGUGGAAUUCAUUUCCAUGUUAAGUUGGAAUAAGGGGAAAAAAGCGCAGUCAUAUAUAUGUAAUUUUGUGAAAGUGUCGAGUCGGUUAUACCUUGUGGUCUGAAAAUUAUUGUUCUGGCGGAAGUAUGAGUAUGCUUCUUGCUUAUUCCAUGUAAACUUGAUGAAUGUUUUGUUUUUCUGAGAACUACUACAUUUUAUUGGAUUUGUUUGUUCACUUA